UCGCGUAGGGUUAAGUCUCAUCUCUCGGUCUCUCCAUCCAUCGAUUCGAUGCCAAGAGUCGUCGAUCCACGCUAGUAUGUUAAAGUUACUUCCUGGCUUUCUUUGGCUCCUUCUCAAGCUCCAUUUUUUUCUGAAUCCAGUGCGUCCUGCUGGCGAAAAGCUAAAAUUCGACUCAUUCCCUAUUUUUCGAGCCUAAAUUUGGGGGUUUUGAUGCAUUUUGGCUCAUUUUGGCUUUAUUUUGAGUAAAAAUUUCAUCUUGCUUAUUGUUUAGGUUUGAGAGGAUGUCGAUCUGGUUCUGAUUGGAGUCGAGGAGUACGAUUUAGGGUUUCUUUCAGGCGCUGUUUGAGAGGGCGAGUGCGGCGAUGGGAGGUGAAGAGGAUUCCGCCGCCGGGCCGCUCCCCGGUGGCCGGAGAACUUUCUGGAGAUCGGCGUCGUGGUCUGCUUCCCGGACCUCCGCCCUGGACCACCCCAGGGAUUGUGCCUCCGAGGAGAAGAGCGCCAGCAAUGGACAGUUCAAGCACCGCAUGGUACCUCCUCUUACCCCUAGAUCCCAGACCCAGAAGGCUAGGUCUUGCCUCCCGCCUCUCCAGCCGCUCGCGAUCUCCCGCCGGAGCUUGGGUGAGUGGCCGAAGGCGGGCUCUGACGACAUCGGAGAGUGGCCACACCCCCCGACCCCAGGUGCAAAGCCUGACGCCCUAAAGCUGGGUGAUAGCUUAAAGCUGGAUCUUUCCUCACUGAGAUCCCAAGGAAAGAGGGAUCAGAUCGCCUUCUUUGACAAGGAGUGUUCCAAGGUUGCAGAUCAUAUAUACCUUGGUGGAGAUUACGUGGCUAGGAACCGUGAAAUCCUCCGGCAGCAUGGGAUCACCCAUGUCCUAAAUUGCGUUGGCUUCGUCUGCCCGGAGUAUUUCAAGUCGGAUCUUGUUUACAAGACCCUUUGGUUGCAAGAUAGCCCGACAGAGGAUAUCACGAGCAUCUUGUAUGAUGUGUUUGAUUACUUUGAGGAUGUUCGACAGCAGGGGGGGAGAGUGUUUGUCCACUGCUGCCAGGGCGUUUCGCGGUCCACCUCGCUGGUUAUAGCUUACCUGAUGUGGAGGGAAGGGCAGAGCUUUGAUGAUGCCUUUCAGUUUGUAAAGGCAGCAAGAGGGAUUGCCAACCCGAACAUGGGUUUUGCUUGUCAGCUGCUGCAGUGCCAGAAGAGGGUGCAUGCUAUCCCACUGAGCCCCAAUUCAGUGCUGAGGAUGUACCGAAUGGCACCUCACUCACCGUAUGAUUCUUUGCACCUUGUCCCGAAGAUGUUAAAUGAUCCUUCUCCAGCUGCACUAGAUUCGAGGGGCGCAUUCAUAAUUCAUGUCCUCUCAUCAAUUUAUGUGUGGAUUGGUAAGAUUUGUGAGUCCAUUAUGGAGAAGGAUGCAAAAGCUGCAGCGUUUCAGGUGGUAAGGUAUGAACGAGUACAGGGGCCAAUCGUGAUGAUUGAAGAAGGGAAGGAGCCCUUGGACUUUUGGGAGAAGUUCUUGAGUGCUAUACCUUCAGAUGAUGGAACAAAGAUUAAGAAGGUACAAAUUGAGUCAGCAACCAAGACUGGCAUAGGGAAAAGGAGAGUUGAGUCCUAUGAUGUAGAUUUUGAGCUUUUCUACAAGGCUCUUACUGGAGGUAUCGUGCCACCAUUUUCCUCUUCAGGACAUGAGUAUGAGAUGCACCUUCCGACAAGAGAAAGCAACUGGAGUGUGUUAAGGCGGAAGUUUAUACCUGGAAACAUUAGUCGAGUUUUUUUAGAUACUGCAUCAUCGAAAGAUAUGGAUACCCACUCUGAUAGGAUGCGGUCACUGAAUGCAGAGACAUUGAUUUCCCCUCCAUAUUCAUCUCCCAGCUCUCACUCCUCUGAUUCAAGCACUUGCUCAAAGUCUAGUUUAGACUCACCUUCAGUUUCUCCUUCCGCAUGCUCUACUCCUCUUGUGCUGUCACCUGAAUCACAUGACAUGCCUGACACUUUGCUGUCAUCAACUGGGCCUUCCCCACAAAUUCUGAGCACCAUCAAAUCAUCAAAACCAUCUUUCAGAGCAAUAUGUUCCUCUAAACAUCUAGCACAGUCUAUUGCUGAAAGAAGGGGAGGCUUUUCACCCUUGAAACUGCCAACACUCUGCAAAGGUCCUUCACUAAUAUCCAAGAAGGUGUUAAAUACAUCUUCUGCUUGUGAUAGUACACAAGAAGUCAUAGAUAAAAGUAAUAUUAGUGAAACCGCAGGCAAUGAUGCUAUAGGCUGUACAAGUAGUGUAAGACUAGAGUCAGAUGUCAAAUGCUUAGGUGAAUCUACAAUUAGUAGUUCCGAAAACUAUACAGACAAUAAGGGAAAUCAUCGGCAACAAGAUGAUCAAUUUUUACAAGGCUCAUCUAGACUUGUUGAUAUUAGAUCAGAGAACGCAAGCCCAAAACUGCCACUAGUGUACCGCUGGCCUAGUAUGGAAAAGCUAGCAACAUUUUCUACAGAGGGUCUCGAUUCAAAAGCAGUGUUUCUUUUUUUGAUUCCUAGUACCAGAAGUGGAGACACAGGUAGUAGUGUUCAUUUGUGGAUAGGGAGUGAAUUUGAACAGGCAAAUGGGCAAACUCAACUAAGAAGCAGUAGGGACAAUCUUAUUGUUUCAAUUGAUUGGCACCAAGUUGGACGUGAUUUUCUUAGUUCAGUUGGUCUGCCAAAGGAUCUCCCAAUUAAGGUUGAGGAGGAUGCAGGCAGUGCUUGGAGAGGAAGGAGGUAACGGCCAUACAGACUGAAAUAGAGGAGGAACAGAGGACACUGAUUAGACAAUGUGUGAGAGGAUGAAGAAAGUUUAAAAUCCAAUUUGACUUGCAACACAGCUGAUAAGGGCAUCAUGCAGUUUCUCAAAUCACAGGUCUACUUGCAGCAUAUGCUUGCUUGCAAGUUGCCUGUUUAUAUGCUGCAAGUGCUUUACUUGCAAGUUGUCCAAUACAUUCCAAUACAUUCAAGUCGGCUACUUGCUUGCUGCAAAAUUUCUUGCAGGCAGGCCACUUGUGAGCAACAAAAUGCCUCCUAAUUUGUCGAUUCUGUAAAUAUUGAAUUUUUCCAUAGGAGAUUAUUAUCAUCAUUUUUCUGUGGAUACUAUUUGGUUUUUUUAAGUUUCAUCUAAUAUUUCUCUGGGUUGGAUCAAGGAAAAAAAUGUAAAGGUUAAAUUUGUUUCCAGGGACUGCAAAUGAUGUCAGUGAUAGGCAUUGUUAAUAGAGUAAAAGCAAACUGCAAAUACAGCAAUCGCAUGGUCUAUCAUUUUGAAUUGAAAUUUUCAAGUAUCAUCAAUAUCAGGAGACUUUUUUGUAUUAUAAAUUAUUUAUUUGGAAUCUGAUGCCUUAGAAUAAUAAAAAUCACAACUUUGGUGAAUUACUGUAUAAUGGUUAUCCUAAGUACAUGUAUUUUUCUGAUAUUCUCAAACUUUGGUUGUUUCUUGUCCUCUAUCUA